CCAAAGACUUCCAAAUCGAACAUUUGACCAACAUCAGCCUGAAGUAUUUUUCCCUUAAAUAAAUAGUUCUAGUAGCUUGAUCUCCUCAAUAAUAGAUCUAGAAAGUAUUUAUUACUCAUAAGCUUCGUGAAAUGAUCGAUUAGACUGAAUUCUAGCUAUGGAAUCGCCAUGAUAAGAGACCACGUUUCUUCACCAGGUUUCGGUUCCUCGUGUUUGGACGUUGAUGUUAAAAAUCCACGUACUCACAUCGAUAGAGGAAAGGCUCUCUAUACAGACUAUGAAAUUGAGGUCAAGACAAAUCACCCCUCCUUUCCUCUGUUGUACUCUAAGACACGUAGGCGUUAUUCAGAGUUUGUUUGGCUUAGAAAUCAACUUGGUCUUAAUGAUGUCUUGAUGCAUGCUGCGCCAAGGCUACCUGGGAAGCAACUGAUUGGAAGGUUCAAAGAAAGUUUCUUACAAGAAAGGAGUGAGGGUUUGAAAAUAUUUCUAAAAAGGCUUGCUGCUGAACAUUCAUACCUCCAAGAGCCUUCAUUACAGUUAUUUCUGCAGACGAAUCUCAGUACAUCACAGAUGGAUCACUAUAUGAAGACAAGAACAACCGGGGCUAUAAGAUCAUUGAUAAUGAUGCUGCAUACAAAAGGCUUGAAGAAGCGUGAAAGAAAAAUAUCUACAAAACAGCAAAGCAAUGAGUAUCCACCAACAAAAAAAAAUUUGAGGCAGCAUGCUGGAGGGCGUGGUUGGUCUUCUCGAUAUGGUGAUGGAUACUAUAAUCUACCCUUUGGGUAUCGAGAUGAAACUGAUUUUGAUGAAAAAGAUGUACGUCAGCGCAGCAGCACUCUUAAUGCAGGAGCUCUUCCUGGAGGGAGAUUAACUUUACCAACCAUUCCUGGCAGCAUGGAUGAAAGUUUUCCAUGUAGUGGAAGUGAACUCACAACCACAACUGACGAGGAAGAAGAUAUUGAUUUUCGUCCUCUAAGUGCAAGCUGGCAUGGCUCCCAGCAUGAUCAAGUAGAUUUUAUUCUGGAUGAUUAUGAGGUUAUUCCAAUUGACAUUAUUUCAAAGAUUGAGGAUGAGCACAAAGCAGAGAUUUCUGAUCUUGGGUAUUUGGAUUUAACUACAACCACUGAUCAGCUCAACAGCUACAGUAACGAACAAGCUUGCUUUGAUUUCUAAAGCAGACAUCUUUUUUCAUGUUUGUUUAAUCAUGACAACAUUUAGACGUCAAAUGUAGAAUUUCUAUUUUAGUCGGCUUAGACACAAAAAAAAUAGUUGCCAAAGGUUGCGUGGGUUGAGAAAACAUGAAAAAUGAGUAUUUUUUUCAGUUUGCAAAAGAAAUUAUGGUGACGUACUUUUUCUAUUAAGAAAUAAAUUGAGAGCAAUACAAAUAUGAAUCAUAACUUCCAAAAUAUUAUAAUAUAAAGAAAAAGGUUAUAUUAAAAGAAAUGAGCAGGACUGUAAAUUUGAGCAAAACUGUAAACAUCCAAGCUUUUAUCUUGGAGGAUGCACAAUCAUGAUUUAAUGUAUUAAAGAGUUGAAUGGAAAUUG